CUUCGAGCGUCAUUAGAACCAUCUGUGCUAGUUUUAAUAAGGGCUUGUAGUCAUUGCAAUCAUGGCGACGUUGAUUGACAACUACGAGCAACAAUACGCAGUUCUGACAGCGGAUGUCACUGCAAAAAUCAGUAGGAUAUCAGCGUUGACUGGCGGUGACAAACGUGUGUUCAGUCAGGAUGUGGAUCGACAACUCGAAGAAGCACAAGAACUGCUGGAGCAGAUGGAGUUGGAAGUUCGAGGAACAUCCGGAAGUCAGCGAGAACGGCUGAAGAGCCGAGUAGAGAGCCACAGGGCCGAGCUGAACAGGCUCUCCCAGGAGUUUCAAUUAGCAAAAAAACCGAAGGAGGACGUCACCGACGUCAGCCUCGACGAUAAUUGGGACGGUGGAGUAACUGAGGAUCAGAGGAAGAGGCUGUUGGAUACAUCAGAGAGGAUAGAUAGAACUGGAAGAACUUUGCAGAAUGGAUACAGAUUGGUUCUGGAGACAGAAGAAAUUGGAUCUCAGGUCCUGAAGGAUCUUCAUGACCAGAGGGAGACAAUCCAAAGGAGUCGUGGGAGGCUGAGAGAAACCGACGCGGAAUUGGGCAGAGGCUCUCGCCUCCUCUCCUCCAUGAUCUUUCGAUCAAUUCAACAAAGACUAAUUCUAGUAGCUGUCGCUGUCAUUCUCGUAAUAGUCGGCUGUAUCGUGAUAUACUACAGCUUCACGUCUCGAAGUUAAGGUAGAACAGAUGAAUUAAUAAACCAAAUUAUAAAUUAAAACCUCCAGCAACUUUGGAGAGGGGCCUUGUACCACUAGCUCCACCAGAAGCGCCUGUCCGAAGUGGCCUAACGCAAAUUUCUAAUCAAUUAAUCAUUAUCAAACGAAGAGAGCAGUAUUUAUUUAUUAUGGUUGUUGAUGUUGUCAUUGAUGUGAAGAAUAUGUUUAUGCUAAUGCAUUCCACUGUAUUUUGAGACGGGACUGAUAGAUAGGGAUAAGUAAUUUCAAAUUAAUUGUAAAUAAAUAUAUUAAUAUACAGGGGAAAUAAGGAGAGUCCAAGCAGUCUAACAAUAAUUCAUUUUUAUUUUAUACUCAAAUCUUCAUUCAUGUGAUUUUGGGGAAUGAAAAAAUGAAUUCAGUGACGAAGUGGGAAAUUGAGAGAUGUUAAUUUUAGCUUUUGAAUUUGAAAAUGACAGAGGGAUCGACGAAUCGAUUUAUCUUGAUUUACCAUUUCGUUAAUGAAUUCUAUAACUCAAUAUUUUCAUUCCACAAUAAAUUCACUCUUAAGUAUCUUAAAAUUCAUGUAAUUUCUGUUUUUUCUCUCCUUUGCUUCGUCUACCGGUGAGUUCGCAUAUACGUGUAAAGUGAAAAUCAUUAUAAUUAUAAUUACAAUAAUAAAAUAGAGCGUAGGCUUUUGCGUGGCGGAUGAACAAUCGUGAAACGAAAAGUCACCUUUAAAAGAUAUCCUCAUCGUUGGUUCUCAAUAAACAUUUUAAAAUAGCAAAAAAUGUGCUGAUGGCGUUGCUGCUGGUAAACACUGAUUUUUAGUAUCUAAUUACAAUCGCCAUUACCAUUUAAUUCAAGUUCUGGUAGAGGUCCUCGAUUUGGGGUUUGAAGUAGGCUUUCAGUUGUGGCCGUUUAGUCUUUAGUGUUGGGGUCAGCAGACCAUUUUGUACGGAGAAGGGGUCCGGGUGAAGAUAAAUGUCUUUUACCUGUUUGGAGAUAAUUGAGAUUAAAUUUACGCCAGUAGUUCUGGAGAUAUGAAUUCUAGUGGUAGUGAAUUGUGACGAUGGGGUGAGUCAGUAGACAGAAAUGGCUUAUUUAGUUGUGGUUAUAAUAAUAAAUUUAGAUUAUAAACUAUUUUACAUAA